ACAUCCACUUUUUGACGAAAACCGGGAAAUGCGAAGUUAUAUCCUAUCCGAUAGUAAACACCAAACACUACAUUGCCUAAGGUUGUUUUUAAACGAAGUGAACUUUAUUCUACGUGUUGAAGGGCAAAGUCGAGCUCAAGAGAGGACAUUUACGAAAGUUGCAUCAAACAGUUUUGUGUUCCUUAAAAAAUUUACAACAAUGGAGCAAACAGGACAGUUACUUUCUGGCACUGAGGUUGCAAAGAAUAUAAGAGCUGGUUUGAGUGAGCAAGUCAAGCAACUUAAAGAACAAUACCCUGGUUUUACCCCAGGACUGAACAUAAUUCAGGUUGGUGCCAGAGAAGAUUCAAAUGUUUACAUCAGAAUGAAAAUGAAAGCUGCUGAAGAAAUUGGCAUUAAUGCAACACAUGUAGUACUACCCUCAUCUACUACUCAAGCUGAGCUUAUUAGGGUGCUUAAUAAAAUUAAUUUGGACCCUAGUGUUCAUGGGAUAAUUGUGCAAAUGCCACUUGAUUCAGUGAACAAGAUUGAUUCCACCCUUAUCACAGACUCUGUUCUUCCAAGCAAAGAUGUGGAUGGGUUAAACACAAUAAAUCAAGGGAAAGUGGCUGUAGGUGAUCUGGUUUCUGGAUUUCUACCUUGUACUCCAAAUGGCUGCAUGGAAUUAAUUAAAAGAACAGGGAUAAAGAUUGAAGGAAGCCAAGCCGUUGUCAUUGGACGUUCGAAGAUCGUUGGAACCCCUGCUGCCGAACUCCUGAAAUGGCACCAUGCAACUGUUACAGUUUGCCAUUCGAAGACCAAAAAUUUAUCCGAAUUGGUUGCUAGUGCAGAUAUACUAGUCGUGGGAAUUGGUCAGCCGAAUAUGGUCAAGGGUGAAUGGAUUAAACAAGGAGCAGUUGUAAUUGACUGCGGCAUUAAUUCGAUUGCGGACCCUUCAAAGACAUCAGGUAAUAGGUUGGUGGGCGACGUCGAUUUUGAAGGCGCAAAAACAAAAGCCAGUUGGAUUACUCCGGUUCCAGGUGGAGUUGGACCCAUGACUGUAGCGAUGCUGAUGAAAAAUACAGUUUUGGCUGCUAAAAAAGCUGUUUCCAAGCUGGCUAAUACUAAAUGGAAUUUAUCCUAUUUACCGCUUAAACUAAGCGAACCAGUUCCACGAGACAUUGACAUAGCCCGUAGCCAAACACCCAAAAAUAUUAUGGAAUUAGCAGAUGAAAUUGGAUUGUCUGUUGCGGAUGUUGAGCCGUAUGGCGCGACAAAAGCUAAAGUGAACAUCAAAAUUCUGGAACGAUUGGUUGACAAGCCGAUCGGAAAAUAUGUCAUCGUUUGCGGAAUAACUCCAACACCAUUGGGAGAAGGAAAAUCAACUACGACUAUCGGGUUAUCUCAAGCAAUUGGCGCCCAUUUGAACAAGAAUGUGUUUGCUUGCGUCAGACAGCCUUCACAAGGGCCUACAUUUGGAAUCAAGGGUGGAGCAGCUGGUGGUGGAUAUUCUCAAGUAAUUCCAAUGGAAGAAUUCAAUCUUCAUUUAACCGGUGACAUCCAUGCAAUCACGGCUGCGAAUAAUCUUCUUGCUGCCCAAAUUGAAGCCCGUAUGUUUCACGAAGCUACUCAGUCUGAUAAGGCCUUAUAUGCCCGCCUAGUACCGAAGGACAAAGGCACGCGCAAAUUUUCAGCUAUUCAACUAAAGCGAUUAACUAAAUUGGGCAUUAACAAAGUCGAUCCUGAUUCGUUAACUGAGGACGAAAUACGGAAUUUUGCUCGUCUCGAUAUUGAUCCGGCAACUAUAACUUGGCAAAGAGUUAUGGAUACCAAUGACAGAUUUUUACGCAAAAUUCGAGUUGGACUAAGUGACACCGAAAAGGGACAUGAGCGUGAUUGCCAGUUUGACAUUACUGUAGCAAGCGAAAUAAUGGCUGUACUAGCUUUAACCACAGGAUACAGUGAUUUCCGAGCCCGUUUGGGCCAAAUGGUAGUGGCUUCUAGUAAACAAGGGGUACCAAUCACUGCCGACGAUUUGGGAGCAAGUGGGGCUUUAAUGGUGCUGCUGAAAGAUGCGAUUCAUCCAAAUCUGAUGCAAACUCUAGAGGGAACACCUGUCUUCGUUCAUGCUGGACCUUUUGCAAAUAUCGCUCAUGGAAAUUCAUCUGUGUUGGCAGAUCAAAUUGCUCUACGACUAGUUGGCAGCGACGGGUUUGUUUUAACAGAAGCUGGAUUUGGGGCUGAUAUAGGAAUGGAAAAAUUCAUGCAUAUCAAAUGUCGUGCUUCCGGCUUGAAGCCAGAUGUCGUCGUCUUGGUUGCUACAGUACGUGCCCUGAAAAUGCAUGGCGGUGGUCCUCAAGUAGUUCCAGGAAAUCCCAUCCCGGCCGCAUACAUCGAACCCAAUUGUGAAUUGGUGGAGAAGGGUUUCUCAAAUUUGAAAAAACACAUAGAGAACAUAAGGAAGUUUGGUCUACAAGUCGUUGUGGCAAUCAAUCGUUUCACGACGGAUUCCAUAGAUGAACUCAGUCUUCUCCAGGGCCUGUGUAAAGAUAAUGGAGCUUUUGAUGCUGUAGUCUGCUCACACUGGGCAACAGGUAGUCAAGGAGCUGCAGCCUUAGCCGAAGCGGUCGUAAAGGCAGCUGAGCAGCCAUCCAAUUUCAGGUAUUUGUACAACUUGGAACAAUCAAUCGAAGAGAAGAUUGAGGUUAUCGCUAAAGAAAUUUAUGGCGCUGAGAAAAUUGAAAUAUCUCCUGCAGCUAAAGUUCAGAUCGAACGUUACAAGUCGCAGGGGUUCAAUGACUUCCCAAUUUGCAUGGCGAAAACCCAUUUAUCGCUGUCGCACGACCCCACAUUAAAAGGAGCACCCACUGGAUUUACCCUGCCAAUUCGUGAAGUUAGAGCAAGUGUCGGAGCCGGAUUUUUGUACCCUUUGGUUGGAACGAUGAGUACAAUGCCGGGUCUUCCAACUCGCCCAGCCAUUUUUGACAUCGACUUGAACUUGGAAACGGGCAACAUUGAAGGCCUGUUCUAGAAAAGCUGGCGAUCUUUGCCAUCGAAAAAAUGACCAAAUUCGUAGUUUUCAGUAGGUGUAACGAAAGAAAAACCAUUUUUGUUUGUUGAACACUAUAGAUAUGCCCAACUUAACCAUCAGAUAUAAACAUAUAUUUUCAGAACGGGUGGUUAAAUUUUCAUUAUCCUAAAAGCUAAAAUAACACUAGUAAAUACACACGUUAAUAUUGGCAUCAA